UUUUCCAGUAAUGGAGAACUGUCAUAUUGGACAUUCAUGGACAAUGCUGCUGACUAAUUGUUGCUUCUCUUACACACAUUGUAACCCUGAAAAAAGACUGUCUCCUAAGAGUACACCCUGAGAUCUGUGUCACCAUAGAUAUGGUGGAAUAAAAAUUAAAAGGGGGGAUUGUAGCUUGGUGGUCCCCAGGAAAGGGGGAGGUUCCAGGUUCCCUGCCCCACCCAAAAGGAGGGUGUUGCUGAGCAGGGAGAGAAGAAUCUGCAGAGGAUACUGAGGAAGGAAGGAUCCAGAGUGGAGCCAGAAGGAGACCUGGAGGAGGCACAUGGGGCCUAGAGACAUGUGAAGAAACUGCGCUUGCCUUUUGGUCGUGGACUGGGAGUCACAGAUGUGGCAGCUGUCUGCAUCCUUGGGGGCUGCACUGGUCGACGUUGGGCACAACAUUUGGGGGCUCGUCCGGGAUCGGCGAGUGCAGACCCCAACUACCGAGCAACCGAAAGGAGUUUUAAAGCGUGCAGCUCUUGCAGGUCCUCUUCACCACUGAGGAGCAAGAUCGUUUACUGACGGCCGCCAGGAAGUUAGUCCCUGGAGAGGACGGCACACCCACCACGAAUGCGGCCACAUAGACUUAGUGUUUCCCUUGACCCGACCUGAUUGGGAUUUUCACCAGGCUGAAGGUAAGGAGAGACUCCGGUGUUCCGCCAGACUCUAAUGGCAGGGUUGCGCGGCAGCCCGUGAGCCCACCAAUUUGGUCAAGGUAGGGGAUGUGCAGCAGGGAAGGGAGGAGACCCCCACGGCUUUUCUAGAGCGCCUCAGGGAAACUUUUCGGCAAUAUACUCCUAUGGAUCUGGAGGCAGCGGAAAACAGGGCCGCGGUGGUAAUGGCCUUUGUUAACCAGGCGGCUCCUGACAUUAAACAAAAACUACAAAGAAUAGAUAGGCUGGGAGAAAAAUCUAUUCGAGAUCUUAUUGAGGUGGCAGAAAAGGUGUAUAAUCGCCAUGACACUCCUGAGCAAAGAGAGGACCGCAUCCGCCAGGAAGAACGGAAGGUAAGGGCGGCUGAAAACGCACGCCAUACUCGGGAUCUGGCCAGAAUCCUGUUCGCCGUCACUCAAAAGGACGACCCGGGUAAGCUACGCCCCUCCCGCCGCCCCAGCUCCUCAGGGACAGGCAGGACCCUUCAGCGUGAUCCAUGUGCAUGCUGCACUCAAAAAGGACACUGGGCCGAACAUUGCCCAAAGAAACGGAAUAAACUCGAACAACCCCGCCGUUUUUGACACUCCUGUCCUGGUGCUUCGAGGGGCACAAGAAAUGACAGUGACUAGGACCGUCAGGGCUUGACCCUCCCCGAGUCCCAGCUAACCUUAAAAGCGGAGGGGAGACCCGUUAAUUUCCUUGUGGACACGGGGGCACAGCAUUCAGUCCUCACGGAACCCUUGGGUAAACUGUCCGGCAGAACAUCGUGGGUGCAAGGGGCUACGGGAUGCAAACAGCAUCCCUGGACCACAAAAAGAUCUGUAGACCUGGGAAAAGGUCAGGUUUCACACACCUUUGUUGUAAUCCCUGAAUGCCCGUACCCAUUCAUUGGAAGAGACCUUUUAACCAAGGUAGGAGCACAAAUCUCAUUUGGACAGGAAGGUGUCGAAAUCAAGGACUUUAAGGGCUCUCCCCUACACGGCCUCACGAUUUCCCUUCAAGAUGAGUACCGCCUGUUGGUGGCGCCACAUCACCCACCCCUUUCAGGGUGGUGGAUGAAAUCUUUCUCCAAUGUUUGGGCAGAAACCGUGGGGGUUGGCCUGCUAUCCCACAGACCACCCAUUAUAGUCCAGCUAAAGCCCGGGGCUGAACCCAUUCGGGUAAAACAGUACCCAUCCUAUGCCUGCAGAAGCCAAGGCAGGAAUAACGCCUCAUAUUCCGAGACUGUUGGACAGUGGUAUCCUUAAAACAUGCCAUUCUUCAUGGAACACCCCUUUGAUACUGGUGCGAAAACCACAUUCACAAGACUUCAGGCCGGUACAGGACCUCAGGGAAGUAAAUAAACGGGUCAUAGAUAUCCACCCCACAGCCCCAAACCCUUAUACCUUGCUGAGUGCCUUGCCACCUACUCAUGUGUGGUACACAGUAUUGGACUUAAAAGAUGCCUUCUUUAGUCUACCACUAGCACCUCAAAGCCAGGGAAUGUUUGCCUUUGAAUGGCAGGAUGUGGAACGGGGCAUCAGUGGACGAUUAACUUGGACAAGGUUGCCUCAAGGGUUUAAAAACUCUCCCACCCUUUUUGACGAGGCCCUUCAUGAGGAUUUGUGAACUAACUUUGCUCCAGUAUGUUGAUGAUCUGUUACUUGCAGUGGAAAGUGAGCAUGCCUGUCAACCAGGAACAGUCGAAUUACUGGCGGAACUGGGCCAGAUGGGAUACCGUGUCUCCGCAAAAAAGGCACAAAUUUGCCUGCCCGAGGUAAUCUAUCUGGGCUACCGCCUCAAAAAUGGUUGUAGGUGGCUGAUGGAAGCCAGAAAAGCUACUGUCUUACAGUUACUGACACCUACCACCAAAAGGGAGGUACGUGAGUUCCUGGGAUCUGCUGGAUUUUGCCGGCUAUAGAUACCUGUAUUCGCAGAACUGGCCCAAACCUUGGAUGAGGCUACCUGGGAAAAAGUGACUUUUCAGUGGACUCCCCAGAUGCAGCAGUCCUAUGAGUCCUUAAAGAGGGCUUUACUGUCUGCACUGGGUCUCCCGGACAUUACAAAGCCUUUCCAUUUGUUCGUAGACGAGGCAAAGGGCAUAGCUAAAGGGGUGCUCACUCAGUCCUUGGGCCCCUGGAGGCGUCCUGUGGCUUAUCUGUCUAAAAAGUUAGGCCUGGUGGCGUCCGGCUGGCCACCAUCCUUACACAUGGUGGCAGUGGCUGCCCUCCUUUUCAAGGACUCCCAAAAGUUGUCUCUGGGACAAGUUACUUCCAUAACCACCCCCCAUGCGGUGGAAGGAGUCCUCAGGCAGCCGCCGGAGAGGUGGAUAUGUAAUGCCCAAAUCACACAUUACCAGAGCCUAUUGCUCAACCCAGAGAGGGUCAAUUUUUCGCCACCCAUGGGGCUAAACCCCGCCUCCCUCCUGCCUGCCCCUGACCUGGAGGCCCAUCUAGACUGUGUUUUAAUCUUGGCCCAGGUCCAAGGGCUACGCCCUGAUCUGUGAGAUAACCCUCUGCUGGAUGGACUGGUUUGGUUUACUACGGGAGCAGUUUUAUCCACGAGGGCCCAAGAGAGGCAGGGGCGGCAGUGGUGUCCAUGCAGAAAGUCAUAUGGGCUGAGCCUUUGCCAUCCAGGAUGUCCACUCAAAAGGCUGAACUAAUUGCACUAACCAAAGCUCUCACCUCGGCCCGAGGAAAAGAUUUAACUGUGUAUACUGACGGCAGAUACACAUUUGCCACGGCCCACGUACACGGGGCCAUAUAUCAAGAGCGCGGGCUCUUAACCGCCGACGGCAAAGGCAUUAAAAACACUCAGGAAAUUCUGGAUCUCCUGGCAGCGCUGUGGCUACCGCGUAAGCUGGCUAUAGCACAUCAUCCAGGUCAUCAAAAGGACUCCUCGACUCCAACUCAAGGUAAUAAGCGUGCGGAUGAAGCAGCACGCCAAGCUGCCCUGAUGCCGAUAGAUGCCCUGACGGUAAAACUCCCAGACCCAGGGGAUCCGCAGCUGCCGAAUGACCCGGAGUAUAGUACUAUGGACUUUGACUACAUACAGUCUCUCCCGGGUGCUUUUCCUUUGGGAGACUGGUGGUACACCCAAGAAACUAAGGCCAUCUUGCCAGCACACUUGGCCACUGAUCUCAUUCAGCACUUGCACCGAGCCACGCAUUUGGGAGAAAAAAAAAUUCCAAAUCUAAUUAGACAAUGGAACCUCCAUGUCCGGGACGCAACCUGUACCGUGCGACGAGUAGUGGCGUCCUGCCAGUCGUGUGCCAUGGUAAACGCCACCAAGACAACCGGUGAACCAGGAAUGAGGCCGCAAGGAACGCGCCCGGUGUUCCAUUGGGAAAUAGACUUCACCAAGCAGGCUCGCCAGGAGGUCUGGCCCCGCCUCAGAGCGCUCUAUGAAGGGGGAGGACCUUCUCAGACAGCCCGCAGAUUUCAGCCUGCAGAUCUGGUCCUUGUCCGCCGACACAAGACCGACGGUCGUGGCCUCCAGCCCCUGUGGAAGGGUUCAUACAUCGUCCUCCUGACCACACCCACCGCACUCAAAGUGGACGGCAUCGCGGCCUGGGCUCAUCACUCGCACGCACGUUGA